AUGCCAACCGAAAAUCAGAACACGCGAUUAUAUAAGCUGUAUUACGUCUUGACUGUGAUUUAUCCCCCGCUGGUUCUUUGCGUCAAGACAACCUUACUUUCGAUCCUCGCGAGAAUUUUCACACUUUAUCAGACGCAAGUCGUUGGUGUGUACUCAAUAUUCGCUAUUUUUGUCAUCUACUACACGAUCAUAUUUUUCAUCAAAGUCUUUAUUUGCAGUCCGAUUUCGUGUUUCUGGACCGAGUUCAACAACAAUAUUCAUUGCUUGAAUAAAGGAGCGGUGAUCAUUGCUGAUGCAGUUAUGAGCGUUACGAGUGAUAUGGUGAUCCUGCUUCUGCCCCUUGCGCUUACAAUGCCAUUGAAUCUGCCGAGACCCAAGAAGUUGAAAGCAGCUCUGAUGCUGGGUUGUGGAGGUCUCGCAAUUGGGUUCAGUAUCUAUCGACUUAUCUUGGUUAUUCAUGAGAAGGAAAUUAUCUCCUCGCCGUCAGUUUUCAUGAGAGUUCUACUUUCUGGGUCAGUGGGCCUCAAGAAAAACAAAAUAUCAAUAAUUCCAAUUGUUGACUUCGACUUGAUAGAAACGCUGAAAUAG